AGAGAAAACAAAACAAAACACCAUGCAUGGAAAAAGCAGUUAGAAACGGCGAUGGGAAUGCGUGAGGGGGCUAAUCCAACGGCCACGAUUUCAUCUCUCCCAAUUCGGAACCUGUGCCUCUGAAAAGUCUGGAAUAUUAUAGCCGAGGCGACGACUUCGUCGUCUUCAGAAACCAAGCAUAGAGAACUGCGCCUGAGACAGAGUGAAUCGAAGAGCAACAAAACGACGUAGCAGCGAUGUCCGACGAGGAGCACCACUUCGACUCCAAGGCCGACGCCGGAGCGUCCAAGACUUUCCCUCAGCAAGCCGGAACCAUUCGCAAGAAUGGCUACAUCGUAAUCAAGAACAGGCCCUGCAAGGUUGUUGAAGUUUCCACUUCAAAAACUGGAAAGCAUGGACAUGCAAAGUGUCACUUUGUGGCCAUCGACAUAUUCAAUGGGAAGAAACUUGAAGAUAUCGUUCCUUCUUCUCACAACUGUGAUGUUCCCCAUGUUAAUCGUACUGACUAUCAGCUGAUCGAUAUAUCUGAGGAUGGUUUUGUCAGUCUCCUUACUGAAAAUGGAAACACUAAGGAUGAUUUGAAGCUUCCCACCGAUGAUAAUCUGCUGACGCAGCUUAAAGAUGGGUUUGCUGAAGGAAAAGAUCUCGUCCUAACUGUCAUGUCUGCAAUGGGAGAAGAGCAGAUCUGUGCUCUCAAGGACAUCGGUCCUAAAAACUAAACACAAAGCUACGGCUACAUCAGAUAUCUCGGAAUCCCCCAAACCAAAAACCGUCCGGUAGUUCUAUCAAGUAUGUCUAUAUGUAAUAAAACCAUAUUAUCAGCAGUGUGCUGAAAAUAUUACAGGAAACGUCAGACGAAACUUCUGAUCCUUGCACACUGCUAAAGGAUUUGGAUACAUAUUUCACCCUUAUUCUAUAUAGUACAAUACUUAAAAAGUCUGUGUAACCCCCCUCUCGUUUUCUCAGCCAUGACGUAUAUCAUUCUAACCCUUUUGAAUUUGCCUAAGAUCCCGGAUUUUUCUUAUACAGGUAGUAAAAACAGGAAGAUAAACAGUU